AUGCCUAAACCGACCAAAGAAGAUUGGGUGGAAAUAUCAAAUAUAUUUUAUUCUAAAACAAAUUUUCCAAAUUGUCUAGGAGCAAUAGACGGCAAACAUAUAAGGUGUAGAAAUCCUAACAACUCCGGUUCGUUCUACUUUAAUUAUAAGAAGUAUUUCUCUAUCGUUUUGAUGGCAAUAGUCAUAGGCGUGCGCACGGGGGCAGCAGAGGCAGCAUAUGCUGCCCCUGGACUUUCUUUGGGGCCACCGGGGCCGGCAAAUAUUAAAUGA